UUGUUUCCCACAAAAAGAGGAACCUCUCCCGGGCCGCUAUUGAAUUUGGUUCUGGGGAACCUCCCUUUUUUUUUGUGGGGCAGCGGCCGAUUGCUCCACCUGGGCCAUCAACUAAGCUCGAGUAUAAUACUUGUAGACUGUUCGACGCCGUCUCGUUCCUGCCAAACCUUCCGGCUUCACGCCUUACCUCGCAACUUGGGCAUUCACACACCUGGUCAUCAUUCACCUUUUCUGACCGUUCCUCGACAUCCUCCAAGGGUCCCGCUCCAAUCGCAAAUCAAGCCCACGUGGACGAACGCACAGCAUGCGCCGCCAAACCCCCGUCUCGGUCCUCGUCUACAACUACCUCUUCCCGAACCCGACCCCCCACGACCCCAUCUCCUUCCACGCCCACCUCACCAAGAACCUCGUCGGCGAGGUCCGCAUCGAAACCAACCGCUUCUACGGCGGCCUCGAGACCGUCGAAGCCCGCUACCCGGGCCUCAACUACACCUACGCUCCCCACCGCAAGCGCCUGAGCCGAUUCCCACACCACAAGCGGCUGUUCGAGGCGUUUGAUGCGCUGGGCCUGACCGAGAGCGAGAUUCUGGGCCUGUGUAGGUGGGAGGGCACCAUCUGGGCGAGGGAGCGGUAUGAGAGGGAUGAGGGGGUGAAGGUGAGGGAUACGACGGGCGAGGAGAUUGGGCCGUGGGUGGAUAGGAGGGCGGAGCGGAGGAGAGCGAGACAGUUGCAGGAGGAGGGGAGGCGGAGGGGAGCAAUCAACGUGAAGACGGACAUUGAGGUCGAAAUUGAGGAGGUGGAGGAAGGACAGGCUGCGGAUGAUGCGGAUGCGCAGAUGGAGGAGGACGAGGAUGAAGAAGAUGCAGAAGAAGAAGAUACCGAAAGCAUCGGCUUCGCGCUCAACCAGCGCCUCCUGCACGCCGCCUUCCUCCGCGACCAGGGCCACACAAACGUCCCCAUGGACCCGGAGUGGGAGCAAUACCUCAAGGAAGCCCAGGAACGCGGCGAUCUCAGCAUCGACGCCACGCGCGAGGUGUUGCGCAUCAUGGCGAGGGGGGUGCGAAGCGGAAGCGCGCAGACGUUGGGGCAUGGGAGUACGCAGUCUCGACAGCCGCCUCCUGCGCCGGCUUGAAACGGGGAGAGAGUGGAUUGGAUAUAUGGAGGUGUGAGGGACGGGGGGUUUUUGGAUACUUGGUUCGACUACGGGAUACGGUUCACAAGGCGUCAAUUGGUACUACCCUGUUUUUUUGUUGUGAGGAAUCGGGGGGGAGGUGGGUGUGCAUUUUUCGACAUUCAUCAUUCUUGCUCCUCAUGGGGAAUAGACUUAUCUUGUUGGGUGGGUGCCCAGGUGGGUUGGCUGGCCUACCUGAGUGUCAGUGAUCAUGUCACUGGCUUGUUAGGCAUUGGACACUUGUUGCACUUGGAUUGUUUGCUGGAGGGAGAGACCGGAAAGGUAGAGCUGUAUACGGGUAGAC